AUGGCCGCCGCGCCCGUCACCCCGCCUCCGGCCUCCGCGGACGACGAGCUGGUCUACGAGUCGCUGCCCUGCAUCCGCGUCUACAAGAACCGCGUGGAGCGCUACUUCGGCUCCGAGUUCGUCCCCGCCUCCACGGACGCCGCCGCCACCGGCGUCGCCUCCAGGGACGUCGUCAUCUCCGCCAACGUCUCCGCGCGCCUCUACUUCCCGCGCCUCGGCGACGCCGCCAAGCUCCCCAUCCUCGUCUACUACCACGGCGGCGGCUUCUGCAUCGGCUCCGCCUUCAACCCCAUCUUCCACGCCUACUUCAACGCCUUCGCGGGCCUCGCCACCGCCCUCGUCGUCUCCGUCGAGUACCGCCUCGCCCCCGACCACCCCGUCCCCGCCGCCUAUGCUGACUCCUGGGACGCCCUCACCUGGGUUGUCUCCCAGUCUUCCCACCUCGCCUCCUCCUCCGCCGCCGCCGGCGACGGCGACCGGGACCCGUGGAUCGCGGGCCACGCCGACUUCUCGCGCCUGUACCUGGGCGGGGAGAGCGCGGGCGCCAACAUCGCGCACCACAUGGCGAUGCGCGCCGCCGCGGAGGGGCUGGGGCACGGCGCCCGGAUCCGGGGCCUCGUCAUGGUGCACCCUUACUUCCUGGGCACCGACAGGGUGUCCUCCGACGACCUCAGCCCGGAGACGCGCGAGAGCCUGGCGUCCCUGUGGCGCGUCGUGUGCCCGUCGUCCACCGCGGGGGACGACGACCCGCUCAUCAACCCCUUGGUGGACGGCGCCGCCCCGGCCCUGGCGUCCCUGGCGUGCGCCCGCGUGCUCGUGUGCGUCGCCGAGGGCGACGUGCUCCUUGACCGGGGCCGCGCGUACUACGACCGGCUCAGGGCCAGCGGGUGGCCCGGCGAGGCCGAGAUUUGGCAGGCGCCCGACAAGGGACACACGUUCCACUUCAUGGACCCGUGCUGCGACGAGGCCGUCGCGCAGGACAAGGUCAUUAGUGACUUUCUCAACCGCUGA